UAAAAAUGACAUUCAUUGUAAUGCUACUAUCGGCAAACGGACCCAGGCAUUAUUUUUACUGCUUUCCACUUGAGUUCCCGUUCGAAUGUAGUCAAUCCGACAAGCUGCUGUGAGCAGUUGCGAUGAAGCCGCGGUCAGCGAGUCCGAACAGAGAAGGCGGCGAAGUGCCACGACAGGGUUUUGGUGUCCAGGAGUUUCUCGACGGUUCCAAAUAUGAAGGGGGUUUUGUCAAUGGCCUCAAACACGGGAAAGGAAGGUACACCUGGAAAAGUGGAGAGUUCUACGAGGGUUCUUUCUACAAAGACUACAGGCAUGGUGAUGGAAUGUACUCUUGGCCAACAGGCAACAAAUUCGUUGGCAAAUUCUACCUUAAUUGGAGAGAGGGGUACGGAGAACACAUUUUUCCUGAUGGAGCCACAUUUAAGGGUUUGUACCAUGCUGACCAAAGGUUCGGUCCAGGUGUGCUCAGUGAGCCAACAGGAUGUCAAGAUGUAGGUCUAUGGCAUGGGAAGCAUCUGAUACAACUGUGUAACUCUGUACAAAGCAGCUUCAGCCUCAAAAACUUAACUGAAUAUGCUGCUUACUUGGAGCAAAACAUCUUCUCACAUUCUCAAUGUCAGGUAGACACAGAUGAGAGUUGGCUGCUUCAUGACAGAAAUAAUGCCUUACCAUGUGGCAUUGAGAAUUAUUCCACAGAUGGUGACCACCUACCCUUGCCCCCAGGACGUAGAAGAGAGUUUGAUGAACAUUUUUAUGGCGAACUGUGGGAACCUGAUUCUCAUGGAUAUGAAGGCUAUAAACGAGAACCACAUGCGAGUCUGCCCUUACAAGCCCGUUUGCUGGCUCACAUUUACAAACACAGACAACAGGCUGAAACUUUAGAUUGGGAUGUUGCAGGAGUUCUCUCAAUGGAAAGGGACCGUUUUGGUCCUAAAGGACAUUUGGAAGUCACAUCAGAGUUAUUGAUCCAUCAGGCUUCUGUCGGAAAAGGACCGGCCAUUUUGGAGAUACUCCUAGAUGGCCUUAUUCACCCUGAUGUAGCCGAUUCUCAGGGGCACACUGCACUGAUUGCUGCCACAGUGAACUGCCAUAAUGAUGUAGUCCAAUUGUUGUUAGAUUUGGGUGCUGACAUUGACAAGGUGAAUUCCGAGGGAAUGUCGGCGUUGGCUGUGUGUCACGUACUCUACUACCCUUUUCAGUCUCUAUACACAUUUGAUGGGCUCAUUUCCAAAACACAAGUAACUACACAAGUGGCAUCUACUUCUGUAUGUCAUCAGAUUAGACAGGCGGAGUCGACUAAACAGGGGGAGUCGACUAAACGUUCCCUGCACAGUAAGAAAGUUAGGGGAAAGGUAAGAACCAGAAGGGAAGAUGGCAAAUUAGAUGGUGGUGAUAAGAUAAGAGAUUACAUAGAAGUUGAAGGAAGGGAUAAGGAUGAUAAGGGCAAUGAGGAGAAGGUGCUGCUUUCCGAACGCUCCGUUGAGGUGAAGGAGGGCCAUAUUGUACUAGGCAGUGUGAAGUGGAAAGAAUAUUCAUCAAAAACUGCUAAGCAGGACACCAACAAAAAUAACCCAGCACGUUGUUUUGACUCUGCCUGCUGCAUGUACAGCUACGGCAUCCACGUCACAGAGAGAGUUCUGCAGGGAGCAGCUGAAGCUCUUAGUCACGCUUGGUUUCAGCAGCAUUCUGGUGAAACUGAGGAGACUGUUCGCAAAAUGGCGGCAAUGAAGUUUGAGCACCGUGUUCGCUUGACCACAUUGAAUCUGCUCUUGGAUCGAGGAGCUGACCCUAACACCUCGAGAGUCCCGUUACCUGUCAUCUUUUUGGCCAUUUUGGCAGCAGAUACUAAGACUGUCAGGAAACAUCUUCUGUGUGGAGCUCAAACAGAUAUUUCUCUCCCACCUGAGAGAAAAGGCCUUUUUCCUCUCCAUGUAGCUGCAGCACUGCCCGGUCUAGAAGGUCCCGAAAUCACUAAACUGCUGCUGCACGCAUUAACGGAUCCAGAUGCACGGGCAUGUGACCAUGACGACACCUAUGAACCAGAUAAGGGUUCCACUAUAACAAGAAAAUCAUGGAGGGUCAGUGAGAAGCCACGUCCUAAAGAGGGAGGUCGUACAGCUCUCCACAUAGCUUGCCAGAGAGACAGCGACUACUGUAACGCCAGCAAGGUAGUAUCUCUCUUGCUCUCCUACAAAGCCAGCACAGACCUUCUCUGGAGUGGACAUUCCCCUCUUUCUUUGGCUAUAGCAAGUGGCAAUAACACGGCAGUGGAAGAGCUGCUAAAAGGAGGUGUAGAUCCCAACCUUCCCUUGGGUCGUGGCGUGGGCAGUGCCCUUUGUGCCCUGGGAAACUUCAACUACCGUUUAGAUGCCAACCGACCAAAACUGCUGGACAUGUUGGAGAAGGUUGGCGCAGACAUAUUGAUGCCAGUUCAGGUUGGUGACACUAUCGGAACGGCAGUGGAUUAUGCCCACAUCUCCUUCAACCAGGACUCUGGUAUAGCCCAUACUCCCUAUCACGCUCUCAGUAUGGAGGGGAGAGAGACAUUCAAAAUACAGCGACAGCUGCUCAGCAUGAUGGGAAGUAUGCUGAAAAAGAGUGUUGUCCAGAGAGAACGAGAGCAUCUAGAGAGAGACGAGGACCUUGUACAGAGUGAUAAAGGUGCAGAUGCCAAAACUAUCAAUCAAAGUGAACCACCCACUGCAAUAAAACUAAGGUCACCAUUUAAGUUUUGCUACCACUGUGGUCGCUCUGCUGCUGUGAAGCUAACUGCUUGUACUCGCUGCCACAAAGUCUUCUACUGCUCCAUGGCGUGUAAACUCAUAGCAUGGGAUGAGAGACACAAGGAAGAGUGUCUGCGCGAGACAGGAGCUGUUCCAAUCACUUUUGAGAAGAGAGUCAUGUUUCAGGCCAGAAAAGGACCGAAGGCUGUCAUAUUUUCAUCAAGAAGACCAUUUCACGUCCAGUUUAAAUCUAAAGUCAUGGUAAUUGAAGAUAACAUUGAAGAGUGGCAAUCUAUCAACAUGAAGGAAAACUACAGCUACAACUGAUACUCUGAUGUAGCUUAUCAUUUCAGCAUUUGGUUGGCUGGAGCAUAUUCCAACUGACUUGGCUUUUGAGGCAUAUUACACUGUGUAGUGAACACCAGACAUUCAUAAAGCUCACCAGUUCACUCAACAGUUAAAUUAAUCUAAACAUCAUGUUUGCAUUUACCACCAUUGUGCUGAUGAAGUGAAGUUUACUUUCUAUUUUGUGUCCC